UUCUACUGUCUUCAUUUAGAGCACAAGCCGGAUCAUCAUGGACGACCAGCACCUAAAAGCGAAGAGAUAUGGAGUUGAAGUUUUUUUGUCCAAAGAAAAUCCCGAGUUAGCCCCAGAGUGUCCUCACGGACCAAUGCUCCUGUUUGAAAGAUUUUACAAGGAUGGUCGGUUACCCCGCAGGUUCUAUGCCUGCUCAGCAUCCAGAGACAGAAAACACUGUUCAUUUUUUCAGUGGGAGGGAGAUGUAUUGUCAGAGGCUAGGAAGGAGGCUCAUCAAGGAAUGAUACAAACUUUCAGACAGUCACAUAAUGAAGCCUGUUUAAGAUACUCUAGCAUUUUCCAUGAAUCAGAUAAUCUUCAAGGGAAGAAAAGUUUUCUUUGUCACUCUUGUGGCCUGCUGUUUCAGCAUAACCAAAAGAAAAAUCAUCUGUCACAUGAUUAUGAAGAAGCCGUUGAUUUGUCCAAGCCAACUCUCAUACUGAGACCAAAAGAAAAUGAAAAGACACAAGCACAAUACUUUUUUUCAAGUAAGACAACACAGUUCCUCAUUUGUCUACUUAAGGAAUUAGGAUUUCACAAUGUGCUAUGUGUAGGCACACCAAGAGUUCACGAAGAAAUUCAAGCCAGCCGGAAAUCUGAUAACUUUCCAUCUGGUUGUUUGGAUAGUCUUCUUCUGGACAUCGACUUCAGAUAUGCUCAAUUUUUUCCACCAUCCAAGUAUUGCUGGUACAAUAUGUUUAAUCAUUUCUUCUUUGGAAAACACUCAAGUAGAGAGGUAUUCAACUUGUUCAUCAGGAGGAAGGGUGUUGUGUUAGUGAUGGAUCCUCCAUUUGGUGGUCUGAUUGAGGUUCUCUCUGUCUCAGUGAAAAAGAUCUGGGAUACAUGGAGACAGGCUCAUUUUGAUGGCAAAUCAGGGGUUGAGUUACCAACAGUUUGGAUAUUUCCAUAUUUUAUGGAGCCUCAUAUGAGAGCUGCCUUGCCCUCAUUCAACAUGCUGGAUUAUAAGGUUGACUAUGAUAACCAUCCACAUUUCAAUAGCAAAAGUCAGAAGGGUUCUAAACGCGGUUCACCGGUGAGACUCUUCACGAACAUGAAGCCUGCUGAUGUGCUUCUUCCUUCAUCUGAAGGGUACAGGUUCUGCAAGAGUUGUGACAGAUAUGUAGCACCUGAAAAUAUUCACUGUGAGAAAUGUAAUGGUUGUAUGUCAAAGGACGGUAGGCAAUAUGUACAUUGUGAAAUUUGUGGUACAUGUGUCAAGCCAGGCCGUUUUCAUUGUAUGACAUGCAAUCGCUGUGAGACUAAAGGACACCAGUGUAAGAGGUCAGUAGACGUAGGCACCUGCCACAUAUGUGGCGACUUCGGUCAUAAGAGACGAGACUGUUUACAGCGCCCGGAUAAUUCCCCACGCAAAAGACGGAAACUGAACUCAGAUGGAGUCCAAAUUAAUUCAAACGAAGAGGGAAAACUCUUGAAGAAACUUCCACAGAGAAAGAGCAAAACAGAGAAAAAAAAAGAGAGAGGAGAGAAAAAAGUGUUAACUUACUGA